AUGAUGGCUCUCCAGCGCAUUCUGUGCCUGGGACUGCUGUACCAUGGCGUCAUUGCCAGGCUCUCGGGUUCAGGUCCAACUGCGCCGGCGGCAGAGCAGCACAUACUGUCGAAUUCUGCCCCGCGAAAAGGGCUGCACGGCAGGUUCCUGCAUAUCACAGACAUCCAUCCCGAUGAAUUCUACAAAGUACACUCAUCUACGGACGAAGACGACGGAUGCCACAAGGGCGAAGGGCCAGCAGGGCCGUACGGUGCCGAGACGACCGAUUGCGAUUCGCCGUACUCGCUGGUGAAUGCGACGUUUGACUGGAUUGAGGCGAAUUUAAAAGACAAGAUUGAUUUUGUCGUGUGGACGGGCGACACGGCGCGUCACGAUCGCGACGAUGAUUUGCCCCGCACGCAGGACCAGGUGCUCGGGACCAACACCUGGAUUGCGGACAAGUUUGCCGAGAUGCUCAGGAACGAGGAGACGGGACAUGGGAUGAGCAUACCGGUUGUGCCGACGUUCGGGAAUAACGAUAUCUUGCCGCAUAACAUUUUGCUGCCGGGGCCGAAUAAGUGGUUGCAGACGUAUACGCACAUUUGGAGGCAUUUUAUCCCAGAGGCCCAGAGGCAUAGCUUUGAGUUUGGAGGCUGGUUCCACGUGGAGGUUAUUCCGAAUCGGUUGGCGGUGUUCAGCUUGAAUACGCUGUACUUUUUCGACCGGAAUGCGGGUGUGGAUGGAUGUGAGAACCCAUCUGAGCCAGGGUUUAAGCAGCUGGAGUGGUUGAGAGUGCAGUUGGAGUUUAUGAGGGAGAGGGGAAUGAAGGUUAUCUUGAUGGGCCAUGUCCCGCCAGCGAGGACGGACAGCAAGAAGCUUUGGGAUGAGACUUGCUGGCAAAAGUACACGCUCUGGCUGCACCAGUAUAGGGAUGUGGUUAUCAGCGGGAUGUAUGGGCACAUGAACAUCGAUCACUUCCUUAUCCACGACACCCACGACGUCGACAUCGCCUUCUUGAACGGUCUAUCACCCGAAUUUGGCGUUCGCGAGUACUUGGACGAUGAGCUUACGAUUCAGGGUGGCACCGAUUAUCUGAUGGAACUCCGCGAUGACUGGUCCAAGUUGACACCCCCAACUGUGCCGGGCAAGUCGAACGAAGUGAAUCAGGAUGGAAAGAAGGGCAGAACCAGAAAGCCAAAGCGCAAGGAUCCUUGGGGGGAGCGAUAUGUGUUGUCGCUGGUCAGCCCCAGCAUCGUACCAACGUAUUUCCCCACGUUACGCGUGGUGGAAUACAACAUCUCUGGCCUUGAGAACACACCUCUUUGGCGCGACAUGCCUGGCAAUGGCGCGAAGAACUCGUCGCACCCUGCCAGUGCCCCGAGCGCACCUCAGAAGCACCUCGACCUGCGAAGCUUGUCGCCGAUAGACGAUCUGAGCGAUUCCUUCGAAAAUGUCGAAACCGACAAGAAGAAAAAGAAGAAGGGCGGCAAACGCCCAAAGAAGGACAAGAAGCCUCACGAUCCCAACCUCGUCAUUCCUCCUCCACCAGCGAAGACGAGCCCUCCCGGACCUGCGUAUUCUCAGCAGCCUCUGAGCUUGACAGGGUACACACAGUACUUUGCUAACCUAACGCACAUCAACAACCUCAACCUUACCGAUUUGAACAGCGUCGAGCCAACAACAACCAACAGCCUUUUCUCCCUGCUCCAAUCCUCGAAAUCGUGGCUUAUGAAGUGGCGAAAGGGGAAGAACGGAGGGAAGAAGCCGCUGACACCGAAACCGGACCCGAGAGAAUUUGCCUUUGAAGUCGAGUACAGCACUUUUAACGACAAGAUCUACAAGCUGGGAGAUUUGACGGUGAACAGCUUUGUGGAGUUGGCGUAUAGGAUUGGGCAGAAGGCCAAGGGCAAGAGUCUGGUUGAGAUGGCUGGCGAUGAAGAGGUGGGAGAUGUUGAGGAGGAGCAUGACUGUGAUGAGUCCGAUUUUGAGUCGGACAGUGACUCUGAUGAUGAAGAGAUGGAGGCUGAGGCAAAGAAGGGGGACAAGAAGAAGGGAGACAAGAAAAAGAAGGGCAAGAAAGGGGACAAGAAGAAGAAGAAGAAGAAGGGGAAGAAGAACAAGACCUGGCUGCAUUUUUUGAGUCAUGCGUUUGUUGGGACGUUGGAUAAGAGUGAGCUGAAGAGGUACUCAUGA